AACCCCAGCUCCACCCCCGCCCGAGCCGCCGAAUCACAACCCUUCAACCCGCGCCUAAAGCAGCCCCGAGCCCAGCUCCGAACCGCCACAUCACAACACCCCCCCACACACACACACACACAACCCCCGCGCCCAAAGCAGCCCCGAGCUCAGACCGACACCAACGUCGUAGCACCAGCCCCAGCACCGGCGACAACCGAGCCGCCCCCGCCGCAGUCAUCCACCAGCAGCCGCCGAAGCGAAUCAAAGGUGAACAUUGACUUGUGUAGCUCGUAUAAAAACUCCUGAGGAUCACCUAGGUUUUACAUAUUUUUGAAGAAAUUUGAAGAUGUCCAACAGCCACAUCAGCCUUCCAGCCAAGCUCAUCAAUGGUGGAGUUGCCGGACUGAUUGGAGUUACAUGUGUGUUUCCCAUUGAUCUAGCCAAGACGAGGCUUCAGAACCAGAGAAACGGGCAACGCAUGUAUAGCAGCAUGAUGGACUGUUUGAUUAAGACUGUGCGCUCCGAAGGCUAUUUUGGAAUGUAUCGAGGUGCGGCUGUGAACCUGACAUUGGUAACCCCUGAGAAAGCAAUUAAACUCGCUGCAAAUGACUUUUUUCGGCAAUGGUUGUCUAAAGAUGGGAAGGGCUUGAACGUGUUUAAAGAGAUGAUGGCUGGCUGCGGUGCAGGCAUGUGCCAGGUUGUUGUCACUACUCCCAUGGAGAUGCUGAAAAUUCAGCUCCAAGAUGCUGGUAGACUAGCUCAGCAAAGGGUGGUGCUGCCUCCAAGCACUUGCACUAAGCUUGUUGCCACCAAUCCAGUUUUGAGCCGGGCUUACAAUGCUGGACCUGCUGCUCUCACCACUCACGUGUCUGCUACUCAAAUUGCCAAGGAUUUAUUUUACACCCAGGGACUUCGAGGCCUGUAUAAGGGAUUAGGAGCCACUAUUCUAAGGGAUGUUCCGUUUUCCAUUAUUUAUUUCCCAUUAUUCGCUAAUUUGAACAAACUUGGACAAAAAUCUCCUGAUGAGAAGGCUUCAUUCUACCAUUCAUUUUUAUCUGGGUGCCUAGCUGGUUCUGUGUCUGCUGUUGCUGUCAAUCCUUGUGAUGUGAUCAAGACAAGGUUCCAAUCACUACAUAGAGGUGCAAAUGAAGAAACCUAUAGUGGAAUUGUGGAUUGUGCAAGGAAAAUCUGGAAGAAUGAGGGUCCUUCUGCGUUCCUGAAGGGCUCUGUCUGUCGAGCCUUGGUCAUCGCACCUCUCUUUGGCAUUGCACAAGUCAUUUACUUUGUGGGAGUCGGAGAGUUUGUUUUAGGUUUUUCACUGUUCGAAAAGUAUUAAUGGCAAAGCGUCCAUCCAUUCCUGAGGCAGGCUUUGUGCCCACUGUGAGAAAAUCAAAACUGUAUGAAGAAAACUUCUGGAAAAGGAACAAAGCUGAGCUGCAGCUGUGGAGGAAAAGGUCAACUUGUGUCUGUGUUGCCUUUGACAUUUCUAGACUGACUACUGUGUGAUGGGGAGGAAAAUGAUUGGUUGGGCACCUCCUUUUUGUUUUAGAGAGGUAGAUAUCUUUGAGAUGGUUGUGGAAUGCUUGUCUUGAAAUGUAAGUGAGAUGAUUGCUUAAGCUGAAGGGGCCAAACUGAUAUUUUCUUCUGCAGCUAUAUUGUGAUGUUUAUGUAUACUUGUGAACCUGUGAAGAAUUGCGAGAGAAGUUACAAAGAUUUCACUUUUUUUUAUUUGUCAAACGUCUGUCAAUGGUUCUGAGCCAAUCAAUAUGUUUACAGUAAUGCAGUUUGGAAACACUGGAAGGGAUGUCAGAACUAAUAUCACUCCAAGCAAGUGAGAGGCUUCAGUUCAGAAAAGCAAUCCCUUGUUGUAUUUGCACAUUAAAUAAAUAAUGGGAAUUAAAUUCAAGAGCACUUAUUCUUGUAAGCUUUGUGGACUGGAGGAAUCUCCCAAUUCUGACCCGUUCUAUCACUUUUCAAACCUUGACAGGCUCCCUAUUGAAGAAUGGAUCAAUUUCAAGAUCCUCACACUCGUACAAAUCACUUCAUGCCCUGGCAUCACCCUACCUCUCCGACUUGCUUACACACCACUCUUCUAUUUGAUCCCUUCACUCAGCUGGCUCCAGCCUCGUGCACAUCCCUGUCCUAUCCACUCCACGAUCAGUGCUCUUAGCCUUGACUCUGGAACUCUGCUUCAAUUCCUCUGCUUUGCCCCCUCCUCGUCCGUCUUCAGAUCACACCUGAAGAUCUUCCUCUUUUACUGUGUCUAUGGUCACCUCCCACCUCUCCCUGGCUCGGUGUCAAGCUCUACCACUGUUAGGCUCUCUGACAUGUUACCCUGUUUGAAGAGCACUAUAUAAAUGCAUGUUGUUUGUCAAUCCUUGUGUUAAAAUAACUGAAUAUUCACCACUACAACUUGUGAAAAGUAUAGCAUACAUGGAACUUAUACAUUCCAAAGAUCUAACUUAAUUGAUUUGGAGCAAGCCUUGACUCGCUCAGGCAUAUUGCUGUGUGUAGUUCUAAAACACUUACGUAAAGGCACCACUUUGAUCUGUAGCCUUCUGAAAUACUGUAAAGGGCACAGGAAUUUUAAGCAUCUGUGGGUCACAGACACUAAUCAUUGUGUUUUGUUUCUCCCUCUGCCUUCCCCACCCAACCCCCACCCUCUUCCAUUCUGGAGCAUUAAAUUCUUAUAUUGUGGCACAGUCCAACACGGUGCUUGUUUUCCCAGCGGCUACCAGGUGAAACAAUUAACUGAUUAAAAUCUCCUGAGUCGAAAGUUUGUUGAUGUGACAUCUGCUUUGGUUGUUUGAAACCAGCCACUGUGAUUGCAUUCCAUUAUAAACUAUCUGAGCAGUCCUGCAUGUUUUUUAUGCAACCAUAAGUAAGCUCAAAACUUGCUGAACUCACUUAGGAUCCUUAAUGAUAAGGUUAAGGUUAUUCCUUGAGUUUGAGGAAAUACUACUAUCUGUCCUACUUGAAUUAAGUGUGCAUUGAGGAGCAGAUUGCUAUACUUUCUCAUCUGGGUUGUGAGAGUUAGAGAAGUGCUGUAUUUUGUGGUCGAUUCUUAGUGUCCCAUGGUGCUUUACUGUAAACAUUUGAAACAUUAUCAAAUGAUUACCUCUGGUCAAUGCUUGUAACUAUAUGUAUAGUGCCUUCUCUGCCUCCUGUAACAUUGAAUGGUUUACAUGAAACAAUCCUUUAUGCUGUUCACAUUUUUCAGUCAGUGAUACUACGCAGUAUUAGGACCACACACAAAACAUUUAAUCUAAUAUAACAUGUUUACAGAUUUUAAUAUGACAAUAAAUCUUGCCUUUCAUAA